CAAUUUGAAAGGGCAUAUGCUUUUUUGAUGGAUCCCUGUUUGUUGGUUUCUCUAUAUCCACAUGUUCCCUCCACACAGCAAACCCAAGAACUCAAACACCACUGAUCCAUUUUCAACCUUUACCAAAAAACAUAACCAUUGAUUCAUCAAAGAAGCUGUAAGAACAAGAAAAAGAAUCCUUUUUUAAUGGCUUCAGCAACUACAAGAGCUUCCUUCACAUUCAACCUCUCUUCACCUUCCCUCUCAUCCACUCCAAAACCCAAACCCCACCUCACAUUUCAACCCUUUCACCUCAAAUCCCACUCAAUUUCAUCUUUUUAUAGAACCCCAAGAACCCAAUUCAAUCUACCAAAGUCCAUUGAUGUCUCCAAAGAAGACAAACCCAUCUCAGAACAACCAAUUCCCGAGACACCCACUUCAGAAUAUCAAGAACCUCAGCUGGAGGUAGAGGAAGAGAAAUUUGAUAAGAGAAGACUUGAGGAGAAGUUUGCUGUGUUGAAUACUGGGAUUUAUGAGUGUAGGUCUUGUGGAUACAAGUAUAAUGAAGCUUCAGGGGACCCCUCUUAUCCUGUUCCUCCAGGGUUGCCAUUUGAUAAGCUGCCAGAGGAUUGGAGGUGCCCGACUUGUGGCGCUGCGAAGAGUUUUUUUGAUAACAAGAGUAUAGAGAUUGCUGGGUUUGCUCAGAAUCAGCAGUAUGGUUUAGGUGGUAAUACUCUUACCUCUGGCCAAAAGGCACUGCUUAUAUAUGGUGGACUGCUUUUAGGCUUUGUGUUGUUCUUGUCUGGUUAUUUUAUUCAAUAAGAGAGCUUAUGUUGAGAAAGUUUUGAAGUUAGUAUAAUGUGUUUGUGUAUGUGUAUGUGUAUGUGUACAUGUAUAAUAACUGUACAUGGUUUAGAAUGGAACUUUUUCGUUUUAACA